AUGAGUAAUAAUAAUAAUAAUAACAAUCAGAUUGGAGGUAGUGGAGGAAUAGGUGUAGGAGCAUCAACAACAGGUAAAAGGUUAUCAAAGGGUUCACCAACUACAACAACAACAUCAUCUACAACUACUACUACAACUUCAUCAUCAUCAUUACCAUCGCCAUCAUCAACAUCAUCAACAUUAUCAAAUGAUGAACUGUUACAACAACAACAAUUACAACAACAGAGACAACAACAACUGUUAUUAGAACUACAUAGGAAACAAUUGACUGUUAAACAAUUGAUUGAAUGGUUGCUCAGAGUGACCAUUGACAAUGACCAUCUCUACCCAUCGCUUCGCGACGGUCGCAUACUCUGCAAGCUCAUGAAUCGCUUCCAUCAACCAGCCGACUACAUCCACUUCAGUGACUUUGAGCCACUCCAACAUUUCAAACAGAAAGAGAACAUCGUACUAUUCUUGAAGAAGUGCAGACUAUAUGUACCAGAGGAGUUGGUGUUCCAACCGAAUGAUCUGCUGGAGAGUGCUAAUAUGCCCCUGGUGUUGGAUUGCCUGUUGGCCUUGUUUGAUUACUUCCAAGAGUUCAUCAAGAAUGAUCUGUAUAAUACUGGUGCACCAGAAUACUAUUACAACCCAAAUGGAGGUAUACAUUACAUGUUCCCAACAACCGAUCAAUCAAACAACAUGGACAACAACAACAUGGACAACUCAUUGCCUGAACUUGUUGAACAAUAUCAACAAUACUACAACAACAACAACAACAAUGAGACAAUGUAUCAACAAGAUAGUAUGAUGACACCAAAGAAGGGAAUCAAUGGAUAUAUAUUGGACGCGAUCAUUGUAUCUAGGGACUACAUAUUGGCACCAUUCCUAAUAUCAGUGGCACUUGGAUUUGGAAUCAAGUUGAGUCGCACGGCAUUCGUAAAGGUGUCGGCACUACUCGCUAGACAUUGUUCCACUUCGAGCACCACAACUGCCGCGUCCACACUACUACAGGACACAACAUCACUAUUCAACACCAAUGCUCUGUUGAACAUGCUCGAUAGCUUUAAGCAGUAUAUCCAUCAAUUCAUCGACAAGGCAUUGGUGGCAACAUCAUCAUCAUCCACCACUGGAGCAAUCACAUCAUCGAGCUAA